CUUUUUCUUUUUUUUUUUUUCUCUCGAGAAAGAAAAGCGCCAUUAUUGUUUCCCUCCAUUGUUCAACAAUAAACAACCCUGAUCAUUGAGACGGAGCAAUCAAAGGUUCAAGAAGCGGAGAAAAUGAAAGAAACUGAUCGAGCGCCGCCGAUGAAAGCAGAGGAACCAAACGCCGCAUGUGUUUCAGCUCUUCAUAUGAUACUCGAGUCUCUGAUGAGAACCACCAUGUUCUCAUGCGAUCUCUCGAUAACACUUUAUCCAGAAACACAUGAGAGAUUCAUACAAGACUACUUGGACCAGUUUUACCAUCUCUUUCUCGACAAACUAAGUCUUAUGGAAGAAAAUGGUGGUGUUUCUGAGAUUUUGAUAAACGUCUUGGAGAUUCUGCCUGGCUGGAACCGUCACUUAGGAUUCGAAGACCGGGUGAAAAUGAAGUGCACUAGAUGCAAGAUGGAUACUCAAUAUCCACCACCACAACCUUCUUUUGGUAUACUCAUCAUUGCCAAUUCACUCAGAGAAACCAAGUCUGCAUUCGAGGAUUUUACGUUUGAGAGAAUCCUUAAAUUCAUCAAGAUCAACUCUAUGGUGCCUUGCAAAACGGAAGGAUGUGAGAAACUAAGCUACGUUGAUCAUAUUAUCCCUAUACUUCCUUCUGUUUUUACCAUUGCACUAGAGUGGGAGAACAAUGAGACUGGAGAAGAGAUACUUGCUACCACUUCUGUUCUCGCUACUGAAAUAGAUAUUAGUAAGAUUUACAAAUACGAAGGUGGAUCACCAGAGACCAAAUACAAUCUUGUGUCAAUGGUUUGCUCGCAUGGAGAUCAAUACGCUUGUGUUGCUUACUUUAACAAUCGAUGGGUCAUUUACUUUCCUUGUGAGCAACAGGUUAUAGGUGACUGGGAUAGUGUUAUUAACACUUUUGUACGACUGAAUAUGCGACCUGAGAUUCUAUUUUUUGAAAACGAUAUGCAGAGGAAGCGGAUUGUGAACGCCCAGAUAAAUACACCAAGUGAUGUGAAAAAUACGUUUAUACAAAAAUGGGACCAACUGCAAAAUUUUAUGUUUUCCCUUCAGCCUCAAUCCUCCUGAUUGGUAUGAUGUAGUCACUGAAUAAAAGUACUAUUUUCUAAAGGCACAGCUUACUUCGGUUUGUUAUUAAGGAUACAGUGUGUUGUUAACGGAAGAUUUGUUUACUUUUCCCUCUGUGAGAUUGUAAUAUCUUCUAUCAAAUUUUCCCUCUGUGAUA